AUGGGAAAUCAGUCACUUACCAGGGCGGAGGAUCUUCUACCUGAUAUCGGUACAUCCACGGGCCACAAACUGAAAUUGGGUGCCCAGGUGGCUCUCGCAGGCGAGAUCGACGAGAUUGCUGUACCGGCGCGUUGUCCCAAGUCUCUCGACUCCUCGAUUGUCGAGGGCUUUUUCCAGCCCCCACAUCUAUCGCAUGGCACGAGCCCGACCCCGCAUUCGCAGCUCCCAACCCCGGCGAUUGGCCAACUCACUCAGCCAUGUCUCAAUCACCGUAGGGGGCCAUCUGUUGAAGGCCCGCCGGGGACCCGAGCGGAAUGGAUGUGUCACGUGACGCCAGUCACAGCCACAUCGACUUUCUUGUUCCGAAGAACCGAUUGCUUCAGAGGAUUAGUGCCACCUGUCAUCAUCAACAUGUGCGAUUGGUGUUACCGAAUCUUCGCCUGUGGGCACUGGAUGACUGGUGCUGCAGAGUGGUGUGCCGAUUAUUGGACAAACCAGAAGCCGUGCAAGGUGAUUGUGAAUGCGGAAUACCAGUAUACGUCCAAAUGUAAGAAGUGCCAGAGACCUAAGGACGUGGUUAUCUGGGAGCACAUGAUUGACCGCUCCAAAACUCAUCUGAGAAAGCAACUGGGCUCGAUAGUGUUGAAGCAACAGGCUCCAACAUGGUUGACGGAGACGGAUAGCGGGCAGGCCCUGAUGGAGAAGAUGAGAUCCACUCGUUGA